AUGGCUGCUACAUCUGAAAGAUGGAUUGAUCGUCUGCAAUUCUCCUCGUUGUUUGGGCCGCCCCCACAAGAUGCCCUGCGACGGAAGGCUCAAGUUACUGCCUAUGUGGACUACUUUGGUCAGUUUACAUCAGAACAGUUUCCUGAGGACAUUGCCGAGCUGAUCCGUAACCGUUAUCCAUCGGAGGUGAAGCGUCUCUUUGAUGAUGUCCUGGCUAUGUUUGUCCUUCAUCACCCUGAGCAUGGGCAUGCUGUUAUCCUUCCAAUUAUUUCAUGUAUCAUUGAUGGUACGCUGGCAUAUGAAAGGACCAGUCCGCCAUUUGCUUCUUUCAUAUCGUUGGUCUGCCCAAGCAGUGAGAAUGAGUAUUCUGAGCAGUGGGCUCUGGCAUGUGGGGAGAUUUUACGAAUCUUAACUCAUUACAAUCGCCCCAUAUACAAGGUGGAGCAACAGAAUAGUGAAACAGAAAGAAGCAGUAGUGGUAGCCAUGCUACAACAAGUGACUCCGUUGAUGGUGAAUCCAGCCAUAUACCUUUGGUACAACAAGAGAGGAAACCUAUAAGGCCUUUGUCUCCUUGGAUUACUGAUAUAUUGCUUGCUGCACCUCUAGGUAUCAGAAGUGAUUACUUCCGCUGGUGUAGUGGGGUUAUGGGAAAAUAUGCUGCUGGAGAACUCAAGCCACCAUCAACUGCUUCUUCUCGUGGAUCUGGAAAACAUCCCCAGCUCAUGCCAUCGACUCCAAGGUGGGCAGUUGCUAACGGUGCUGGAGUUAUAUUAAGUGUUUGUGAUGAGGAAGUUGCUCGCUAUGAGACUGCUACUUUGACGGCAGUCGCUGUCCCUGCACUUCUACUUCCUCCUCCAACAACAGCUUUGGAUGAGCACCUAGUGGCGGGAUUACCUGCUCUUGAGCCAUAUGCACGCUUAUUUCAUAGGUAUUAUGCUAUUGCUACUCCAAGUGCCACCCAAAGACUUCUUCUUGGCCUUCUAGAAGCACCACCAUCAUGGGCUCCUGAUGCACUUGAUGCAGCUGUACAGCUUGUGGAACUCCUUCGUGCUGCUGAAGAUUAUGCAUCUGGCAUAAGGCUUCCUAGGAACUGGUUGCAUUUGCAUUUCUUGCGUGCAAUUGGAACUGCAAUGUCCAUGAGAGCGGGUAUAGCAGCUGAUGCUGCGGCAGCUUUACUUUUCCGAAUACUCUCACAGCCUGCAUUGCUUUUCCCUCCACUAAGACAAGUUGAUGGAGUUGAAGUUCAGCAUGAGCCUUUGGGUGGUUACAUUUCAAGCUACAAGAAGCAGAUUGAAGUUCCUGAGGCCGAAGCAACAAUUGAAGCUACUGCCCAAGGGAUUGCUUCUAUGCUCUGUGCCCAUGGGCCUGAGGUUGAAUGGCGAAUUUGUACCAUAUGGGAAGCUGCUUAUGGCCUCAUUCCUUUAAGUUCUUCUGCAGUUGACCUUCCUGAGAUCAUUGUCGCCACUCCAUUACAACCUCCAAUAUUAUCAUGGAAUCUGUAUAUACCCCUCCUUAAGGUCUUGGAAUAUCUUCCUCGUGGAAGUCCGUCUGAGGCAUGCCUUAUGAAGAUAUUUGUUGCCACUGUUGAAGCGAUUCUUCAGAGAACAUUUCCGCCUGAGUCCUCAAGAGAGCAAAACAGGAAAACAAGGUAUCUUUUUGGCAUAGGUUCGACCUCCAAAAACCUGGCUGUGGCAGAGCUUCGUACAAUGGUUCAUUCACUAUUCUUGGAAUCAUGUGCCUCGGUAGAGCUUGCUUCACGCCUACUGUUUGUUGUGCUAACUGUAUGCGUCAGUCAUGAAGCUCAGUCCAAUGGUAGCAAGAAAGCAAGAGUUGAAGAAAGCUACCCAGCUGAUGAGAGCGUUGAAGAAUCACAAAAGAUGUCGGAUAAGCAGAGAAACAGAACUAAAAAGACAAAAAAACAGGGGCCUGUAGCAGCAUUUGAUUCUUAUGUUCUGGCUGCUGUUUGUGCUCUUGCAUGUGAGCUUCAGUUGUUCCCUUUGAUUUCAAAGGGGAUUAAUCAUGCUCGCUCGAAAGAUGCAAAAAAUGUGGCAAAGCCUGCCAAAGAAAAUGUAUGCACUAAUGAGUUUCGGAGUAGUGUUGACUCAGCAGUUUGUCACACACGCAGAAUACUAACCAUUUUGGAGGCACUUUUCUUGCUGAAGCCAUCUUCCAUUGGCACUUCGUGGAGUUACAGUUCAAAUGAGAUAAUUGCAGCAGCCAUGGUUGCAGCUCAUGUUUCUGAAUUAUUUAGAUGGUCAAAAGCUUGCAUGCAUGCACUCUCUGUCUUGAUGCGAUGCAAGUGGGACAGUGAAAUUUGCUCCAGAGCCUCAUCAUUAUACAACCUCAUUGAUUUCCACAGUAAGGCUGUUGCAUCUAUCGUUAACAAGGCUGAACCAUUGGAAGCACACUUGAGGCAAGUUCCAAUUUGGAGGGAUUCCUUUGUUCGUUUUGAAGGCAGAAAACUAAGUCAAGAUGGAAACAGUAGAUGCUUAAAUGUAGGGCAGCCAUCUGCCUUGCAGUGUGAGGAUUCAGCACAUUCAGAAACUAAACACAAAUCUGAGAGUGCAUCACAUUCAUUUGAGGGGUCCGGAAAUACCUUUGGUAAAGGUGUUGCAAGUUUCCCAUUAGAUGCUUCAGAUUUGGCCAACUUUCUUACUAUGGACAGGCAUAUAGGAUUUAAUUGCAGUGCACAGGUUCUUCUAAGAUCAGUACUCACAGAAAAACAAGAGCUAUGUUUCUCAGUUGUGUCACUGUUGUGGCACAAGUUAAUUGCAGCUCCUGAAACCCAGCCUUCUGCAGAAAGCACUUCUGCUCAACAAGGAUGGCGGCAGGUCGUUGAUGCAUUAUGCAAUGUUGUGUCAGCAACACCAGCAAAAGCAGCCACUGCAGUGGUUCUUCAGGCGGAGAGGGAAUUGCAGCCUUGGAUUGCCAAAGAUGAUGAUCAAGGUCAGAAGAUGUGGAGAAUCAACCAGAGGAUUGUAAAAUUGAUUGUGGAGUUGAUGAGAAUUCAUGAUAGCCCAGAGUCAUUGGUAAUUUUGUCAAGUGCCUCAGAUCUACUUUUGCGUGCCACUGAUGGGAUGCUUGUUGAUGGAGAAGCUUGCACCUUACCCCAACUAGAGCUACUGGAAGCAACAGCUAGAGCAAUUCAGCCUGUGCUCGAGUGGGGAGAAUCUGGGCUGGCAGUCGCAGAUGGCCUUUCGAACCUGUUAAAGUGUCGUCUGCCAGCUACCAUCCGAUGCCUUUCUCAUCCGAGUGCACAUGUUCGUGCUCUGAGCACAUCAGUUCUUCGUGAUAUUUUGCAAACCAGUUCAAUUAGACCUAACCCUAAUCCGGUGGAAAUAAAUGGUAUUCAUGGUCCUUCCUACAAGUAUUUAACUUAG